GAGAUGGGCGAUUACGCCCUCCCCAGAAUUCGUCUCUGUCGUUUCGAAAUCGAAAGCGCACAAGACCGAACCGGAAGCGGAAGCGGGAACCCGUUGCUAUGGGAGGAUUCGGUCACUUUUCCGAGUGCUGUUUCAGAAGCGGUCGCAAACAAACCGAAACCAGCAGUUAAACUGUACGUUCAACAGAUAUUUGGCAACAUGAGGACAAGAAAUUGUGCUCUCAGUGCUUCGCGCAACGUUAGGAACGUCACAUAUAGCGAUUCGAUUCUUGGUGUAGGAAACGUUUAAUAAUAUCGCAGGUGUGUUGCAGAAGGGAUGGAUAGCGAUUUUGAUGACACAUUGGACGAUCUGUUGGCCGAUAUUACUGAAAAUGGCAAAAAGAAGUCUUCUGCAUCGCCAUCAAAAGCACAACCAACAAAGUCAGAACCGAACGCGCUACAGAAAGCAAAAAACGCAGAAUUUCUCACGGAAGACAUUCGGGCUGACACGACUAAAAAGAAUUCAAGAAGCUUCGUGGAUGAUAUGUCAGGAAGGACACAAGAGGCAAAAACCACAACCAAGGAUCCCUUCAGCGAUAUCUUUGAAAAAGGAGCAUGGAGGCAAGCAGUUCAACAACAGAGUUUGUCAAAGCAAUCUCGGGAUGCCUCGAAAUGCCACCUGGAAAGUGAUGGAGACGUCACAAAGAAAGAGGAGAAGACCCACAGUGUGAGAUUUUCGGAUAUGCCAGAGUUUGAACCUAAGUCAACAAAGGCUAACCUCGCAAGUAAACUUGAACACUGGCUACAGCAAGACUCGACAGAUGUUGAACUUGAAACGGGGUCAACAAAAACGCCCAGAACAGCUCCAAGUAGAGAUAUUGUUGGCAAAACCUCACCUGAAAAGGCGCCCCCUACCGACAAUCCUGUUACAUCUAGGCAGCGAGGGGUUAUUGACCUUUCGUUUCUGGGAUCCACAUCGGUUGAUCCUGAUCGGAAAGCUGCAGGUGAUACGUCAAAGCCACAACACAAUAGAGGCACAGAUUGGUUAUCGGACAAACAAAAAAACGAGACGGAGACAGCUAGCACCGCAAAAAGAGCAUCUUCUACAAGACCCAACACCGCACCAGAUAGCAGUUUAUCAGGCACUUUGUCUCAGAGAAGCCGGAGGACUAGAGGAUUGGAUUGGCUCGGAGUAAGUGAGGAGGUGGAACACGAAACAUCGGCUAAGCAAGGAGGAGAAUCGAGUGCUCUUCUCGAGAGACGACCGAAGGCUAGCGGUAGCCUGGAUGAUCUCGACUUUGGAGGAGAAAAUGGUGAGAAGACUUUGGGAGAGUGUGAGACAAAAGGUACAAAGAAAGCCCUCCCCUGGCUGCCCAAGAAACCCGAAAAGCUGGAAACGGCGAAUCAAGUCGAUACAGAUAAACAAAGAGAGAGCGUGACCAGGUCUCAACGUGAAACUCAAGUUUCCGAAGCAGAUGGGAACCGUAAUAGAGGAGUCAAGCAAGAUUUUGCCAGAAUGGAAGAAAUGGAGAACAUUAUAGCGCAGCUGAGAGGAGAGGUCUGCAGCUUGAACAGUAAGUUGCAAGUUGCUGAACAAGAAAAAGAGCUGUUUCGAAGACAGAUUGAUAAACUGAAAGAGAUGCAUCAAACUGAACUACAAACUUGCGAAGAGAUGUACAAGCGCCUGCAGACGACGACAGAGUCGAGACUGGUUGAACAACAUGAAAAGACGGUAGCACAUUACGAAGCCCAGAUGCGUAAAAUGGAACAAAAGGCCGCCGACCUUGACUUGGAGCGAACACGUCUGGAGGGUGAAAUCGGUCAAAGAACAGAAAGGCUCCGGCAACAGUGCAAAGAAGAAGUGAAUGCAUUGCAAGAGAUGCAUAAGAUGGCAGUUAGCAAACUUAAAGCCCAGCACGAGGAAGAGAUGCAACGGGUGAGGUGGAUUAGGAACCAAGAGGUGGAGGCCGUGUGCAGCACACUGGACCAGUCGAGAAAUCUUCAAGACAUAACGACGCAAAUGAGUCAACAACAGUCCGAGAUAAAACUACUCCAGUCUAAACUCGAAGAAACGGUCGAUUCUGGACUAAACUAUAGACAGAAUGCGCUCGACAGCAAAGAGCGCCAACUACAAGCUCUUGAGGUGAGGCUUAGAAAGGAGCACGAUGAAAUGAGGGAAGAACUGAGGCAAGCCAGGAAUCUCAUGGCAUACCUGCAACAGCUAAAUAGCCAGCAAACUCAACAAGUUGAAGAGGAAAAAUGGAAACUAAGCCAGGAAGUUGCUCAGUUACGAGCAUAUAAAAAGGCUCAAGAAGAGAAAGCAAAUCUUCUGGAAGAUCAGAUGCAAAGACAACGAGCAGCUCUGGAGCUCAUGAAGAACAAUCUGCUCAGAGAACAACACAAUUUAGUCUCUCAAGUCGCGUCGUCCCUCAAAGACACCACCAGGGAGAGGGAAGACCAGGUUCGAGCUGCUCAACUGGAGAAUCGGCAGCGAGAGAUCGAUGCAACUGCCCUCCAGCUUAACAUCAAGCGACGAGACGUAGAAAAUACAUCUAUGGCUGCAAACCAGCUAUGGGAGAAAUGCAAGAAAAGGGAACGUUUCCUGGCAACGUGGGAAGCUCAACUUUAUGCCAGAGAAAGUGCACUACUUAAGGCAAGUGGGAACUUGCUUACCAUAAAAGGAACAGUACCCGAGAGAAGGAGACUCCAGUACUGUACCUAG